GCAGCCCACAGGACUUGCCCGGAUGAAGUCCAGGAGGGAUCCGUCUGUUACGGCAACAGCACCCAUAGAACUGGGAGGGGAGGGACCUUUGAAUGUUAUCGCAUGUUGUUAUUGGUUGUAAGGUUCCAUUCCUGAAAUGCAUACAGUCAGAUACAUUGUCUGAAAACCAUACAAAUACUGUGGACCGGAUCAUCACAUCGGAUACUGAAUUGUAAGACAAUCCAUUGUCUUGACAUCAUUGAAGAAUUGGACUUGCAUUGCACCAUCGCUCUAAGGACGAGCCAGAACGCAGGUGUGAUGCUGACCAAGACAAGGGACACCACAUGCAAGUAGGAGUUUCCAGGAGGAUAAGAUGCUCAUUUCUGCCAGAGCGGUUGGUGAUAUAUAGGUAUAUACAUAACCGAUCACCAUGAGUCGAGUCAGUGUAUGACCUGAAGAAACAUGAGGGUCAACGGAAAGUAAAUCUUUCCUUCAAGUCUUCAAAAGAAUGUCUCAUGGCUGGGAUUCCUACCUUCCCAACCUUCAACCUCCGCCCUCUAUUCCGAGGCCUUGUGAAGUGUCGUCUGGACCAGAAGGGGAUUUAACUCAACCUAUAGAGAACUUCAAUGCACAUCAUGACUUGUCCAACAUGGAGGCUUCAGAAGAGGCUGUUUCAACCAACUCUGACUUUGGCUCCAACCUUUACCCAAACUCUGGCACAAAUUCAGACUGUGCAUUUAGUUACUAUAGUGACACACCAUGGCAAGCUGAUCAACAUCAGUCAGUUGAAGAUGGGUCAUCAAAAUGUGAAAAUGGAGAUUUCUCAAAUUUGACUGCAGAUGGAUUAACCACAUCAAGCCAUUUUCCCUCUUUUGCAGCAGAUUUGCGAGAAAUUAAGGAAGACUGUGAAAUUCUGGCACCAUCCUUCCUUGAGGACUACUCGGAUGUCAGUAGUUGCUCAGAUUCAAAUAUAAACGAAACAGAAAUCAGACCUUCUUGUAAGUAUAUGAAAAGCUUGGAUAAAAAAAAGGCAAGUUGUGACAAUAUAAUAACUACAAAACACAGUCCCUCAGAAUGGCCAUUCACCCCGACCGGCAAUAUGUCAAUUUCUGCUGAUUUUCCAACCGCUCAAAUCUCAGAAACACCUUUAAUCUUGCCAAUCCCAUCUGAAUUACACGAUAAGGCAAGAAAAAUGGCAGAUUGUGCAGAACAAAAUAUGGAAACAAAAGAAGAUAAUUCUGAAUGUUGUGUCCCAAAACAUUCAACAUCAGCUUCGGCAAAAUCCUUGGAAACAGAGAAUGAUAAACAGGAAAAUGCAGGGACAGAGCAGAAACUGAAAUAUGACAUGGAGGAAAAGACAGUUCCUAUACAAGCAAAAGAGCUGAACGUCACCAUUGGUAUUCACAAGGACAUGGCAGAGGAUACAACGAACGGCUCCUCAGAGUAUGAAAAAGAGCUCACAUGUCCUAAAGUGGACAAAUGGCAAGAGAAGAAGCCACUUGUAUAUAAUAAAUUAACUUCGGUCCUUAGUUCUGCAAAAGAUUUGGAUGUUAAAAUCCAGGAAACUGCUACAAAAUUAUCAGACCUGAUACAAGAUAACAGGGAAGUAUGGGAUGGUGAGGAAACCAUUGACCAAAAUCACGUUUCUUCACCUAGCCUGCAUGAAAAUAGAAUGGAUGACACAAGUAACUCAUUGUUGUCUUCCACCACUGAAUGUGAUGUUGAUGCCAACGUUUCCCAUUCUCAAGAUACAAUUCAUGAACUGGACAAUGACAACUCGGAGACUUUGAAGGAAGUAAAGAUGACAAAUGGUCUGAAAAGAACAAUUCAAGGCAUAUCACAGUUCCAGUGUCCUGCACAGCUAUCUUCUGAAAGUUGCAUGGACAUAAUUGGUAGUGAUAAUGUUGAGGACAGCAAAUGUGACACCAUGGAUGCUUCUUACAACCAGACACUCUCUGGCUCUAGGAGGCUUUUAGAGCAACCUCCAGAAAGUGAAUCAACAGAUCAAUUGCACCAGCCAAAGUUAUACUCCAUUAUGGAUGAGGAAAAAACAUUGAAGAGCAUUGUUUCUGCCACACAACGGCAUGAAGAGAAUGGAUCUGAAUCUUUGAAAGAAUCCUUCCCGGAGACAAGGCCAUCCUUUGAACAGCCUGAUCUUGGCAUGUAUGAUGGUGAAGCCUUACCUAGAGUGAAUACCCCCUGUGCAGACAAUGAAACAUCUCAAUCAGCACAAAAAAGUCCUGUGGCAAGUUUGGAAAACUCCAAUCCAACUGAUUUAAAAGUGGAGUUACCUGAACUCAAAAGCUCUUUACAAUUGCAAAAAAGGCUGCAGCCCAUUAUAAUUCUGAAAACCUUAGAACCAGUAAAUGGCAUAAAAGAAUAUCAAUGCACGGAAUGCCAACACUCAACACAAAAUGUUGAUGAUAUAAUUGAACACCAUCAUACCCAUUCACAGCAUGAAUUCAAAUUUUGCCCAACGUCUAAUAUCUAUUUGCUGCAUGAUGAUCCACAAAGCAAACUUGUUUGUGAUGUCACUGGCUACGACCUACCAGCGAAGGUGGUACUUAAGACCACAAGGAAAAAAAAAAAUAUAUACCAGUGCAACUCAUGCAGUCAUGUAUCUCAUAGGUUUUAUCAACAUGUGCAGCAUAUAAGAACUCAUACAGGAAGAACACCAUUUAAAUGCAAUGGAUGUAAUCUAUACUUCUCGCAGAGUAGCUGCUUGUACAGACACGUGCGCAUUGCUGGGCGAUGUCAAGGCUCAAAACAUAAGUCAAAUACAAAUUUGAAUAUCCCAAAAAGUAAAACAACCAAACCAGAACAAGUAACAGAGAAAGUUACGGAAUUCAAAGGUCUAACGGACUGCUACGUGAAGCUUGUGGAUAUCUCCGUGGCACAUGUUUGUCCAUUUUGUUCAAAAACCUUUGCAAGUUCCAAGAAGAUGAACAAGCAUGUAUCAAAUGUACACAAGGUGAAGGGAGUCAUAAAGGGAAUGGCAAAAAGUGGGGUUGAUGAAUUCGGCAAAUAUAAAUGCCCACUCUGUCCUCGUGUUUUCAAGUACUCUUACAACAGAGCUCGCCACCUGCGGCGCUGUAUCAAAGAACAAACAAAUGGUGCCAAUUGGAAAAUAGGUAGUAAAUAUCAGUGCCCACUGUGCAAAGAAAUCUUCUCAUUGACAAAUAAUCGAACACGACAUAUCCAAAAUAAUUGCCUGCAAAACUAUCUCCGAAAGCUGGCAAAAGCAAACCCUAAGAUAAGUUUGGCAAAUAAGGAAGUACCUUCAACUACAACAGACCCUGAGGACAUACGAGGCUACAAAUGUAGUCUUUGUCCAGCCAGGUUUUUCCAUCCAUCUGGGAAAUACAAACAUAUGAAGAAACAUGAGUUGUACAAACUGACAGGAAAAGUUGUACAAUACAGGUCUUUCCCCGUCUCGAUAGACAGAAAAUAUCUCAGCAGUAAAAAAACUGUGAAGAGCACAGAUACCUCAAUUUCAAACGAAGCUAAUCACAGCUAUGGCUUCUCAUGCUCCUUCUGUGGCAAAGGAUUCAGCAAAUCACUCUCUCUAAAGAACCAUGAAAGAAUUCACAAAGGUGACAGACCAUUCCUCUGUUUGGAAUGUGGAAAAGGAUUUGCCAGACGCAGUCAUUUGAUAAAUCACAAGACAAUUCAUCAAAGAAGGAUACAAUGCACAGUUUGCAAAAAGAUUCUUCCAUCUAUUGGGGAACUGAUUCAACACAGAAAGACUCAUCUUAAAAGGGGAAAACUCAAGUGCCCAUACUGUCCACUGCUGUUUGAUUAUCCUGUAUAUUUACUGAGACAUCUUGCAUCCCACAAAAGUGAGUCCGAAAAGGAACUUGGUUACACAGAGAAAAAAGUAAAACCACCGCAAUCUUUGCAUAAGCAGAAAGUUUCCCAGUGUUCUUUGUGCAAAGAAGAUUUUGAGGAUCCCCAAUCUUUAAGGAAACACUGUCUAAAACAUAUAACGGAAUCCUCAUUCAAGUGUCCUUUCUGCCAACAUCACUUCAAUUCUCGGCGCUGCUUGGUUCGCCAUAUAGAAAGGCAUUCUGGAGACAAACCUUUUCCAUGCAAUGACUGUGGUAAAAGAUUCCACCGCAUUAUUAACCUUGAUCUCCAUAAGAAAACAUGUUCUGCCAGUAAACUGGAAGAAAACCAGCCGGAGGUAGUUGAGGUUUUAGAGAAACCAGUUGAAAAUAGCAGAAAAUUACUCUAUUGUUCCUACUGUCCACGGACAUUUAGUCGAAGAAACCGUUUCAAGAAACACCAUAAUGGCCAUAAAUUAAAUACUUUGUUGAGCUGUUCUAAAUGCACCCUUUUUUAUGGACGUACAAAACUUUCCCAACAUGAAAAGAAUUGCAAUGGAACAACUGCCAUUGAUGAACUUGCCAAGAGUUUGCCUAACAAAGUGGUGGAAAAGGUUGAAAAAAAGCUACAUGGGACCAAUAGAACUAGAACAAAGACAUUUCCACAUACCUGUCCACACUGCCCCCAAAGGUUUCAGUACAGAUCACUUCUCUUAAGACAUCUGAAUUCACACACCAAGAAAUCCUUUGCUUGUGACCACUGUGGCCGUCAAUAUGGCAACAAGUCUAUGUGUAUCAAGCAUGAAGCCUUAUGUGGUGGGUUUGUUAGAAAGGAUGAUACCAAGCUCCACAACUAUAACCAACCAAGAUUGUUAAGGCCAACUAGUGUCAAAGAAGCAAAAGAGAAAAAUACAGAUUGUGAAGCUGAAUACAAAUGCAAGUUCUGCACAAAGACAUUUUGGAAAGCCAGAAAUCUGAGACGACACAUUUUGACACACACUGAAGUCAAGCCUUAUCGCUGUAAAGCCUGUGACAGUUGCUUCUCCAGGUAUGAUCAUCUGAAACUACACCAGACCCGCUGUAAAGGCAAAAGACAGCGAUUGGAAGUUUGUUUACCCAAAAUUAGUUUGGAUGCAGUUGGAAAAGGUUGGCAAAAGCAGGCUCAUAGUCUGAUUAUUGCUGAGGAGCAGAGAUUUGAGUGCAAUAUCUGCUUAAAAUUCUUUACUUGCAAAUCUAAAUUGGCCAGACAUAUGUCUAUGCUCCAUAACAAAAGUACAUUACCUAUCAACCGGCGCAAAAACAUUGCACUAUCAACAGGAAUUGACAGGCUUGAGGCUGAAAUUCUAGAGCAGUAUCCCAUCAAACGGCAAAGAAAUGCCUGUAUAUAUUGUCCCAGAUCUUUCAAAUCAGGUUGGCAAUUAGGAGUGCAUACCCGACUGCAUACAGGUGAGAAGCCUUUUCUCUGUAACCUGUGUGGAGAGAGAUUUAUCAGGAGGGAUUAUUUAAUGCGUCACUCAUCCAAGUGCAAUCCCACAAAGGGUAGACAUGAUGAUUUAGUGCCCUGUAAUCAAUGUCAAGAGCUUUUACCCAAGGAGUCCCUUGAAAUCCAUCAAUUGGAUUGUUCCAACGCAAGUAUAUCAGGUGACCUCCAGAAAUCUUCUGAAAUAACAUCAAAUGGCUUCUCUUGUGCUUACUGCGAUUCCACUUUCUUAAUAUUUUCUCAGCUCCAACAACAUUUCCUAAAUGACCACAAGCAGGACACUGUUAAGUCACCAGUUCCUACUACAUCUCUACAACAGCAUUUGUCAAAUAUUGUCAGUAUCAAGGAAGAGCCUUUGGAUGCCACAAAUGAUGAGAAACUAAUAAAUGGAGAUGGCAAAAUAUUGUUCAGUGGCAAUACUCAUGUCGAUGAUGCUGGAGAGAAACCUUUUCCGUGUUCAUUUUGCAACUUGCGCUUCAAAAACAGGUCAGGACUAGGUGGCCACCUUCGCAUCCAUUCAAAUCCAGCUCCAUUUUCCUGUCCUAUGUGCAUGAAAUGUUUCUGGAAUAAGAAUCACCAACGCCGCCAUUUAAAGAAAUGUAAAAGACUUGAAGUGCUUUCCAAGAAGAAUGUUGCUCUCAAAUCAUUGAUCGCCAUCAGCUCAGAGAUUGAUGCACCACAAAAUGAUUCAGUUCUAGUUUUCAAAGAAGGCUCCAAAAUCCCUCGCAGGGGCACAGGGGUUUUACAGACAGAAUUUUCCUGCAAAGACCCAGAAGGCUUACAAGAGGAAGACCAAGUACAGACCUCAUCUGUAGAAAAGAAAGCUGUACAUUACCAAUGUUCAGAAUGCAACCAGAGUUUCACUGAUGGUUUAUUGCUCAUUAGUCAUCUUGAAGACCAUGGAAGAGUUGAACAAGAGAAAAAUCGCAAUACGUGUCCAGAGUGUGGAAAGGUGUGCAAUAACGGAGCAAAUCUUGAUAGACACAUGAAGGCGCAUGGGAUUGAUAAGACUUAUCCUUGCUUGGAGUGUUCCAAAAGAUUCCCCACCUUAGGGAAGCUACUUGUACACAAAAAACAUCACAAAAAACGUUCACGCCCAUUUCUUUGCAAAAUUUGUUCUCAACGAUUCUGGUCAAAUAAAUCUCUGCUCGGCCACUUCAGUGAAAACCAUCCAAAGGAACUCUACUUUUGCAAACUGUGUAGCCGACAUUAUACUUUGAAAGGCUCCCUUAUUCGACACUAUAAAAAGAGACAUCGCAUCAGGCAGCUUGAUCAAUAUAUCGAUAGCUCUGAAAAUGAAGAAAGUAUUGACCAAGGAAGCAUUGAGGUCAAUGCUUCAGGCGGAAGUGAUAAAGAUGGCAAAACUGAUGAAGAUGGUGACGGGGAAGAUUACAGUGAGGGUAGUGACUCAGAUGCAGCACCCUACUUCCCUUGUCAUGUCUGUGGCAAGACAUUCCUAACAUCAGAAAACCUUGAGGAUCACCAGCGAUGUCACCUUGGUGAAAAACCACAUGAAUGCGCAGAAUGUGGUAAAUGUUUCUUCCAAGCAUCCCAACUGCUACAGCAUCAACGAACGCACACAUCAGAAUUUCAGUGUCAAACCUGCCACAGAGGCUUUGUGUCUCUUUUUGCAUUACGCAAACACAAGCACACUCAUGGAAAGAGUCGGCCAUUCCGCUGCUCGAAAUGUGACCUCAGUUUCACAGGAUACUCCCAGUUGGCAGAACACAUGGCAAUGCACCGUGAAGAUAAUUUCCCAUGUGACAUAUGCAAUCGCACAUUUUCCUGCAAGAGCAGUCGUGCAGAGCAUCGGAAAAGCCACUCUGUAGCAUCUGGGGAUCUUCCACCUUUGAUUUUUGAAGAAGAGGUUGAUAAUUUGACUUUAGCACCAUUCACAAGUCAACAGAACUACCGAUGUGGGGUUUGCCACCAGUGCUUCGAAGACCCAAAGGAACUUUCAGAGCAUGGUUGCCUUGCAGCAAAAGAACGGCCAUUCUCGUGUUCAGUUUGUGAUCUAUACUUUCUGCAUGAAUCUCACCUGGAGAAACACAAGAUUAGUAAUCACCAGCGACCGAGCUAUGAAUAUUUGUGCAAUCAAUGUCACAUCUGCUUUUCAAAUGAGAAGACCUUCAUUUUUCAUUCACGUAAACAUCACCGCGAAAAGAGACAUGCAUUAAAGAUUAAAGAAGAAGAUGUUGUGGAAAACAGUACAGUCCCCAAAACAGUCACAGAAUAUCAAGUUUGCAAUACAAAAAAUACUGACUUGGUUGGGGAACAAAAUCCUCCCCCAAUUAAUUAUCUGACUCAUGAAUGUAAAAUUUGCAAAUGUACACUUCCAACUGAAAGUAAAAUGAAGGAGCAUGAGCGUUGCCAUAUCUCUGCAGAUACACAAUUUGAAUGCACAGGGUGUGGCCAGAACUUCUUAGGAACCGAUGCUUUCAGACAACACCCAUGUUCACGUUCAUUGUUAAAGAGUGAUCAUUCAAGCGAACAAACCAAGAAAUCACCUGUGAGUGGUCCAACACUAGGGGAGGAGGAAGAAGUUGAUGUCACCGGAGAGGAUGUGUUUAAUUGCUUCGCUUGCCCUGAGCAAUUUUCCACCAAAAGCUCCCUGUUGGAGCAUCAGAAUGAACAUCAUCCAAAAGUACAAUUAAAAUGUGGGAUUUGUGGACAAACCUUCAAACAUAGACAAGAUCUAAUUCAACAUGAGCGAACACAUCUAGAGAGAGACGCCAGAGCAACUGUUAAGAAAAAUAAAAAAACGCGGUUAAGUUGUUUUAAAUGUCCCACUAUGUUUGACACGGUGCAAGAGAUGGCUUUGCACAUGAAAUCCCACUGUGUGCAAGAUUAUUUACAUUACCGUUGUGACAUGUGCUACAGGUCGUUCAGCCAGCUGUCUCUUCUGAAGCAGCACCAUGAAAGUCAUGUUGGCCAGGUUGUGUAUGAAUGCACAGAAUGUGAUAAGGCAUUUGCUUUUCUUCACCUCUUGGAGGAACACCAAUUGACUCAUGCUGGACCCUCUAAGUAAUGUUGUUGUUUUUUUACAUUGUACAUUGCUGUAAUUAUCUGAACUAAAAUGUGCUUCAUUUAAGCUGCUCAUUACUUGUUUUCUUUCAUCACUGUGUAUUAUUGAUAUGUCAUAAAUAUUCCUUUGCUUUUAAGUUCAUGUCUUGUUAUCUUGUCAGGUGUUAUUUCAAACAUCAAAGCAAAACUAAAGUUAUGAUGUAUAUUCUUACCAGCUCUCUGACAAAACAGGAUACAUGUAUUGAAUAUACUGCAAUGAAUACUAGUUGUGUAACUUUUUAAUGUCUUGGAGAUUGGAAGGGAUCACAUCUUGAAUAUAUAUAUAGUUUGACAGACAAAUGGUGAAUUAUUUUUCUUGACUAAUAUGUAAAUAAGGCAUUACUGUGUAUGUUUUGUAAAUAGAUUGUUUCCAUUGUUAUAUGACACAUGGUUUGAAGUUGAUAAAAGUUAUUCAAACUAAGGAUUCAUUUUCUUUGUAUUAUAAAUGUUUUAGUGUAAUGGCAGGUUGUAAUUUUCAUAUAGGAACAAAUAUGUUUCUGUACAGAUAAAAUGUUUGGUAUGAUUGCUGAUAUUCUUUUCGACAGGUU